CCUAGGCCCAGCAGCAGUGACUUAUCCGAGAAGAAUCGCUGCUGAGCGGCUGCGACAGAGAAGACGACCCGAAGAACGGAGCGCGAAGCCCCGAGACAACUGUGAAACAAGCUAUAUACUUGCUGCGCUCUUCUGCGAGAGCCAUGGAGAAGGAUGAGUGUGUGGAAGAGCAGGAGAACAGCGUGGUGUUGGUGGCACUGCCCAAGGAGCACAUGGCGUCUCCGUACAGGUACACCAAGGAAAAACUUCUGGAGAUAAAAGAGCUUCCAUGUUCUAAUGAGAGACCUGAAUGCCUUUCUGAGAAAUAUGACAGUGAUGGUGUGUGGGACCCAGAGAAGUGGCAUGCUUCACUGUACUCGAGCUCAGAACGCGCAUCGCCUGUGGACGGCUAUAAGAAAGACUACAGUGAUGACAGGGUCCCCUUAAAGCGCAGAUUUGCAGACCCCCGUGAGAGACUGAAAGAAGAUGACCUGGAUGUGGUGCUUAGCCCCCAACGCCGUAGCUUUGGUGGGGGAUGCCAAGGCAAUGCAGUACCUGCGCAUCAGUCUCGCCAAGCUGUUAGCCCACUGGAAAACAAGGAAAAUGAGAGCUUGAGGCUGGUUGGGGCACGGCGCAUUGGCAGUGGACGCAUCAUGGCAGCACGUGCCUUUGAAAGGGAUGCUCGUGCAGACAAGGAUGUCCGGGAAAGGGAGCGUGACUUCAAGGACAAAAGAUUUAGGAGAGAUUUUUCAGACAAGCGUGUCUUCAGUGAGAGAAGAAGAAAUGAGUCAUACACAGAGGAAGAGCCAGAGUGGUUUUCUGGUGGUCCCACUAGUCAGUCGGAGACCAUUGAACUCAUUGGCUUUGAUGACAAGGUCCUUCAGGAGGAUAAACCCAGACCUAAACGCUCACGGAAAAGAUCAGAGUCUGUGAAAGAAGCUGUAGAAUGUAAUGGGGACCUGGUGGAGGAUGUUGAGCUGGACAAAGAGCCUGGGGUUGACCGAGUAGCCAUGCAGAGUGAAGUGCAGGCAGAACCUGCAACAGGAGACUUUGACUUCAACGAGUUCUUCAACCUGGAGAAGACCAUGCCUGGUCUGGCCUCGAUGAUUGAAGAUGUCCUGAGUGAGGGUUCCGUAUCAGCCAGCCGCUUCAGUCGCUGGUUUUCCAGCAAUGCGAGUCCCUCUGGCAGCCGCUCGAGCAGCUUGCGCUCCACCCCUCAUGAAGAGCUGGAGAGACUUGCAGCUCUUGGGUUUGUUUUAGGCCUGGAACCACAGUCUACGUCUUCCAGUCACGGUCUGGCUUCUUACUUCACUCCUAUUCAGUCUGUGGAGAAGAAGGAGAAAGUGGACAUCUUAGAGCUGCUUCAAAAAGCCAAGAUUGAUCUGAAACCCUUACUAUCCAGUUUAUCUGUCAAUAAAGAGAGGCUACGUGAGAGCACAAACUCAGGUGUGGUGUUGUCUCUGGAGGAAGUAGAAGUUGGACUGAAGGCCCUAAAGGUAGAUGCUUCAGCAGGGGUGGAAAAGCAACAGCUGGAGCAAAAGCAGUGUCAGCAUGGAACAGGCACACCUUUUAUGGCUGAACAUUUGGAAGAGGCACUGACUGGUCAGACCAGUGUUAACACCCACCCACGUGAUGCUGACAUGUCUGCCUUUAACAAGUUGGUCAGCAGCAUGAAGGCAAGUGGCACACUGCCCACCCAACCCAAGGUCAAUCAGCAGCCACCUCCAGAUCUGCCUCUGUCACUACCAGAAGCCCAGGUGUCCCCAGCACAGCGAAAGAACAUCUUGCAGGAACUCCUGGGUCCCCAGGGUCCACCACGUGGGACCUCUCCUACUCUACUGAGCAAUCUGCUUGGUAGUGCUGACCCAGGCUCAAGUCUACUGAGGCAGGGGGCACCAUCACCGUCUCUCUACCCUCGGAGGACCCCUUCUCCUGACUAUUACCCUGGGCGUGUUCAACCUUCAACUGGAUUUGUUGUUGGGCCACAGCCUCUUCUGCCUGAGCCUUUUACAGAACUGCAUAGACCCCUGAGUCCUGGGCCCACCACUCAGCAGAUGAGGGGACACUCUAUGGGUGUUGACCCAGCCACCCUAGAGGCCCUUACUGUCCAGCAGGACUUGGCUCUACAUGCACACCAGCUUUACCAGCAAGGCUUCAGUAAGCUGUCCCAGGAAAAGCUGUUUCGUAACAGCAGGCCGCCGAGAAUGAACAGAUCCCCCAUUCCAGGUGGCCACCGAGCUGGAAGUAGUUCACCUGGCUGCACAGUCACCAGCAUGCUGUCACCAUCCUUUACACCCACAUCUGUGAUCCGGAAGAUGUACGAAUCUAAGGAGAAGAGCCGUGAUGAGCCAAGUAGUCGGCCAGAAAGUAAGGAAAACGUACUGCGCUCUCAGGAAGUGAGCAGUACCACCCCAGACUCAUUCCUUGAAGGUGCAGAGGACAGGAGCUCCCCAGCUACAGGGGGGAAGCCCACCUUCCCUCGCUCUGCUUGCUCAACACCUCUCUCUGGCCAAGCAAGAAACUCUAAGGACCCAGAGCGCUCACACCAAAACACUUCUGGUCACCACACUCCCACCGUUGUGUCCCCUGGGCCUGCUUCACCUUUCCCUCGGCCUGUCUACCAGGUGCCGCUGCUAUCCCAUGUGCCUCUGGUGCGCCCCCCACCACCGCAGCUCCAUCCCAGUGUAGUACAGAGAAUGCUGGCCCAGGGCCUGCAGCCCCAGCAAUUGCCCCCAGCACUCUUACAGGCAGGUGUCUUCCCUCAGGGUGUUGAUUUAUCCCAGGUGCAAGGUCUGCCCCCUGGACUCCUGGGUCAGCCAUUCUACACUGUAGGAGCUGCAGGACACCCACUUCUCCCACGUGCUGGCAAUCCAAUGCAGCUGGCAGUACUGCAGCAGCAGUUGCAACAACAAAGAGCAGUCCCUGGUGCUCCUCAUCUUCCUAGUAGUGUUUCCCAGAGUCAUGGCAUGCAGCGGACAGCCCACUCCCAGCGGCGCGGAGGCAGCCCACCCCUUGGUCUGGCUAAGUGGUUCGGCACAGAUGUGCUGCAACAGCCGCUGCCCUCCAUGCCAGCCAAGGUGAUCAGUGUGGAUGAACUUGAGUUUCGUCAGUGAGAGGCCAUGAAUGGGACAUGAGGCAAUUGAAGACCCCAUGCAAGAGGUUUUUUUUUUUUUUUUUUUUUUUUUUUUUUUUUUUUUUUUUUUUUUUGUAGUGUGCAACAAUGUGAAUUUUAUUUUGUAAGACAGUUGUACAGAUUGUAGCGCACUCAUUGUUUCCAUUCAUCCUGAACCUGGAGAAGUUACCAGGUGCUUUUAAACAAAAAAGCCUGAAUCUGGACAAGGGAAUGACAAGUGCCCUUUCUUGGCUUUUGUAGUUGCAGUUUUGUAUUUUUUUUUUUUUGUAUUUUUGUUUUGCAGUAUGUAUGAAGAAAGCGGUGUAUAGGCUCAAAUUGUACAGCCCAUUGGAUUAGAUCUUCCUGUACAUAGAAUUAUUUUUUUUUUUCUUCGUGAGGGGAAAGUCAUCCUGCUGUUUAAAACAGUGCUGCUGGGGAGGACAAUGGCCAAGCAAGAUGGUUUGAUCCAGUUGUUUAGCACCUGCCACUACUCUUACCUGUUGGAGCUGAAGUCUUGUGCUGCAAGCCAGAACUGAUCAUCCUGCAGCUGCAGACAAGAACCAUGUAUUUUAUUUCUCUUCUCCCCCCCCCCCCCCCCCCCCCUUCUGAAUCCUUUUCAGAUGGCCCUUUGCUUAUUCCCAUUCAAUAAUGUUUCACUUCUAAAGCCUUCUUGCUCCAUCCUGGGAAAGGAGCAAGUGGUCCUUGUGGAGAGGAUUGGAGGCACCUUCACCACAGAGGGAUUCUUUUUGUUAGUCUGGACUCUGAGCAGCAUUUAGUGGCUAUGCAUUUUUCUCACUUCACUUCCUCCGUUCCUUCCACAUUAUCUCUCCCCCCCCACACACAGUCACUUGAAGAGAAAUGCUGCUCUGGAUCACAUC